UAUAAUGGUUUCAUAGUCCAAGCUUAGGGAUCUACAAUUCAAAAACAGAAUACACUACGCAUAAAUACAUACAUAAAAUCAACAUGAUUUCUGAAACAGAAGAAAAAAUUUAUCAACUGAAGUCACUCUCAGCUCUUUCACAAAGUGUAGUCCGAAAAUAUAUUAAAAAGGAAUAUUUGCCGCUUUAUGAUGGCAAUCUUCAAACAGUUCUCAAUCAGUACAAACACGACUUAUUUCAUCUUUGUUACAAUGUGACUCCUUGCUGUGAAUGUCCUCAAGAAAGACCACAGUUACAUCGAGAUCGCCAAAUACAUUAUGAGCAAUUCAAGAAACUUUAUAAAGGCGACGGAAUAAGCAAACAUGAAAUCGUCGAAACAACACAGAGAGGUACGACGUUUGUUAGUAGGCAUUGUCUGUGCAAAUUUAAAGCAAGUGCAUCGCUAGAUCUGUUAGAUUUACCACUCAUGUUUAUUUUACUUGAACAUUGCUUUGAGUUGAAAAACGAUAUUCAUGUGAAUAAUUGGAUAGCAACGUUAAGACAAGUCCGAAACUUUGUAAGCCAUAUUGGUAGCUUUAAUGCUUAUGAUGUGUCAGAAUUUGAUACAAAAAUUAAAGAUAUUGAAUAUGCAAUGAUCAAGUUAGCAAAUCUGGUAUCAUCAACUGAGGGUGAAUACAAGAUGACUGUGAAAACAAAAAUCGGAGAAAUCAAGGUCCAUCGAACAGAAGUAACUUAUAUUCCACAAGAGAUAGAAAGGAAUCAAAAUGUGAAAAUCAACAUGAUUUCUGAAACAGAAGAAAAAAUUUAUCAACUGAAGUCACUCUCAGCUCUUUCACAAAGUGUAGUCCGAAAAUAUAUUAAAAAGGAAUAUUUGCCGCUUUAUGAUGGCAAUCUUCAAACAGUUCUCAAUCAGUACAAACACGACUUAUUUCAUCUUUGUUACAAUGUGACUCCUUGCUGUGAAUGUCCUCAAGAAAGACCACAGUUACAUCGAGAUCGCCAAAUACAUUAUGAGCAAUUCAAGAAACUUUAUAAAGGCGAUGGAAUAAGCAAACAUGAAAUCGUCGAAACAACACAGAGAGGUACGACGUUUGUUAGUAGGCAUUGUCUGUGCAAAUUUAAAGCAAAUGCAUCGCUAGAUCUGUUAGAUUUACCACUCAUGAUUAUUUUACUUGAACAUUGCUUUGAGUUGAAAAACGAUAUUCAUGUGAAUAAUUGGAUAGCAACGUUAAGACAAGUCCGAAACUUUGUAAGCCAUAUUGGUAGCUUUAAUGCUUAUGAUGUGUCAGAAAUUGAUACAAAAAUUAAAGAUAUUGAAUAUGCAAUGAUCAAGUUAGCAAAUCUGGUAUCAUCAACUGCGGGUGAAUACAAGAUGACUGUGAAAAGAAAAAUCGGAGAAAUCAAGGUCCAUCGAACAGAAGUAACUUAUAUUCCACAAGAAAUAGAAAGGAAUCAAAAUGUGGUAAGAUAUGUGAUUUUAAUAUGCAGUAAAAUAAUAAUAAAUUAUUGCUACAUUUGGUGUUCGUCAAUCAGGCAGCAAAAGUUUCUUGUUUUGUCAGUUCUUAUAUUUGUUUAUGAGUCGGCCUUAAUUGUGAAUAUUUUAAACUAAGUUCAUAAGUGAUACGUGUUACCGUCCUAAUAAACUGAAAACAAAGAAAACAUUUCCUAAGAGUGUGUUUUCACAGUUGCAGAAAAUCACUUUUCAACCAUGAAUGGGGAUAAUUACUGUCAAAAAUAGCAGAUUCAUAAUUGAUAACAUGAAGUAAUUUUGUGUAAUCGUUUAAUAACCAAUUACAAACAGGAUUUUUGUGUAAUCGUUUUCAUAAUCGAUUACUCUGUUUUUUGUAUGUAAUCGAUUACUUAAUCAAAAUUAAUAAUAUUACUUUUCAAUUAUUGUCAAUUAUAUGCUUCAAAAAGCAAAGAUGAUGACACAAAUUUGGAAAUAUGGAUUCAAUAAGAGAAAGUGGCGAUAAAGCUGUUGCAAUGACAUGGACCAAUGCAUCCAGAGGCGCUUCCAAAAAAAUGUCACCAGGUUUACGUGACACUACCUUGAGGUUGACAAAAAUGGUGUGCCAUAUAGAGUACAUUUAAAAAUGAUUAAAUUUAACAAUUAGUCUAUCAUCGAUAAUAAACAAUACAACAGUUUUACCUUCAAGCCGAAAUACAUGUACCUUGACAUUUGAAUGAGCAGAUUGUUUUUUUGUUCAAUCAUUAAUGAAAGUGAAAUAGUGAAAUAAUAGUUCGCUUUAAGCAGCAAGUUUGCUUCAAUUAUGUCAAAAUAAGCUAAGAAAUAACGCUGCAAGUGCAUAAUUCGACCUCAUUGAACCGUAUUCAUGUGACCCUCAAUUCAACCCCUUAGCUAGAGAUGAGUUGCGCAUAAAUUAGGUGUGUUCAGCUAUCAAAAAGAAAAGAGUGUCAACAUUGAAAGUGAAAUAAGGGUAAACCAUUUGGUUGACUGAUUCGAUCCACAAGAACUCAUUCUUAUAUAUACAUGUAAAAACGAUGAUUAAUAUAUAUAUAUAUAUAUUUAACCUAUAAUAUGAAAUCAAACAGACUUGAAAAAUCCAAUUGCACGUGUUCUUUUUCUAUUUAUAUCUAUAUUUAUGUUUGUGUCGGGUUAUAUGACCGUUGGCAGUCUUCGGAGGUCAAUUCGAUGGUUAAUUAGAUGGCGUCUAGACUAAAAUACACACGAAAUGUUGAUACAUAUCAUCGAGUCCAUGCAUCGUAAAUUGUUUAUUUAAGACUUUUUUUAUAAUUUGGAUUUACGUUUUAUUCAUGAUGUUAUAAAUCAAAUUUGAGUCAAAUCUUUCAACAUGAAUUUGACAGAUAAUGCCCUUUAAAAAAAGUAUUUUAUCAAAUCAAUAUGUCUUUGCUCAUUUAAAUUUUAUCUAUUACAGUACAAUAACACUUUCAGAUCGUCAACAAAAGGUAGUUUCAGACGGCUUAUCAUCAACUCUUAAAGGUAUACAUGCAGGAGUCCCCCAGGGAUCAGUUUUGGGACCCUUUCUGUUUCUCAUUUAUAUAAAUGAUAUAGUAAAUGACAUUGUUAAUGAUAUUAGACUUUUUGCAGAUGACACCUCUUUAUUUGUUAUAGAAGAUGUUGAUCAUGAUGUAGCAGCUGCUUCUUUGACUGAUGACUUAGAUGUUAUCUCAAAUUGGACAAAAUCAUGGGCUGUUCAAUUUAAUUCAAAGAAAACUAAAAAUAUUGUAUUUACUAGAGGGGAAAGGGAGCAUCCACCUGUAUAUUUUGGGAUAAAUGGCGAAGAGGUUGAGAAAAUAAAUAUUCACUGUCAUCUUGGGAUAACAUUUUAGUCAUCAGCUUCAUGGAACACACACAUUGAUAUUAUUUAUAAAAAAGCAUGCUCUCGUCUAUCUGUGCUUCGUCAAGUUAAACAUUUAAUAGAUAGGAGUUCAAUUAUACGUAUUUAUUAUGCUUUUAUUAGACCUAUAUUAGAGUAUGGUGAUGUUGUUUGGGGCAAUUGCUCCCAGCACGAGUCUGAGCUUCUAGAAAGUACUCAAAUAGAAGCUGCUAGAAUUAUUACAGGACUACGGCGUAAUUCCUCCAGACAAAAACUUUAUAUUGAAUUAGGAUUAGAAACUUUGGAGAAUAGACAAAAUAAACAUAAGCUUAUACUAUUCUAUAAAAUAUUAAAUGGGAUGACACCUGCAUACUUAUAUGAGUUAGUCCAGCCAUAUCUUCCCAGACAAACCACUUAUACUUUGAGGAAUGAAAAUAACACUUUUCACCCGUCUCUUGCUAGAACUAGCUCUUGUUUUAAUAGUUUCAUUCCUUCCACUAUAAGACUUUGGAAUAGUCUUCCUCUGAGUUUACAAAAAUCCCCAAGUUUGUGUAUAUUUAGAAGUGGACUGGACAAGUUUUCUAGGACUGAUGAAAUACUUAAACCUUUCAACUAUGGGAUAAGGAGACUUAAUAUAAGUCAUUGUCAACUCAGAAAUAAUGCCAGCAACCUAAAAUCACAUUUGUGUUAUCAGUUCUUAUCAGAGAACACUUUUUGUGCAAACUAUAAUGACCCUGUUGAGGAUAACCAACAUUUCUUUUUUAUUUGCCCUAAGUACAAUGAUGUAAGACAGAUCCUACUUGAUUCCAUUUACUCCAUUGUUGAUAAUGUUGACAUAAUAUUAAAUUAUUACUUUUUGGAAACAGAUUAUUACACUUAAGACAGAUCCUACUUGAUUCCAUUUACUCCAUUGUUGAUAAUGUUGACAUAAAUAUUAAAUUAUUACUUUUUGGAAACAGAUUAUUUUCAUAUGAUAUGAAUAUUGCUAUUUUUAAUUCUAUUCAGAAAUAUAUCAGUGACACUCAACGUUUUGUUUGAAAUUUUCUUAAUUUUUGUUUUAUUUAAUGUUAUUUUUUUUUCUCCACUUCAACAUUAAUUAAUUCCACUAAGCUAGCUUAGUGUCUCUUCCAAACCAUAUAUAUAUAUAUAUAUAUAUAUAUAUAUAUAUUUCUAAUGACAUAUAAAGGGUAUUUACAUGUUUCAAGGUACAUGAAUAAAUGAUGAGUAGUUGCCUAUAUACUUAAAUAUACUUUACAUUUAGUAUUUAAC